GACUGGAAGAGUGCUUAGGAAUUCCAAGUGUCACGGGGUCCGGAAAUCCAGGCUGGAGUUAGCCCCCUGGGAGGUCCUCAUCCGCCUCCACCCUCACCCCCAGUUGCAGCAUAUCCUGCUCUGGAUUCUUGCGAACUACCCUGUCCCCCCAUCCCCCCUUCAGCCUCCAGGCAGCAACUUGUCCUUCAGGAACCCGCGCCUGGAGGGUAAAGAUCGCUGUCCUUGGUAAACUGAAGACCUUGCUGUGAGGAGUCCAGCAGAAACCAGGGAAACCGAGGGACUUCCAGGCACGGAGGAGAGGGACCCUGGAGCAAUGGAGUCUGAAGUGUCCCGUGAAGGGUCAAGUAGGGUCGGGGAGGUUUGGGGGACAUGGGAUUGCGCCAGGUUUCCUUCCCUGAGUGGCCCUAAGAACUAUUAACGCCCCCUCAAAGUGAAAAAUAAGAAGAAAAAAGCUCUCCUCUUUCUUAAAGUUAACCGAGGUUACUGGAAGCACUGGGGUUUCCUGGUCCACACGAAGAGGACUGCUUUCUGCAGAGUGCCCCACCCCGUGCGAUGUCACUGCGCUCAGCUGAUUUAAGGACAAGAGCACACAGGUUAGAGGUCUCCACUCUGGACCCAGGACAUCAGCUUUGACUCCAGGAGACCGACCGCGCUGAGGGCUGCGGAGGAUAGACGCCAGCGGGAAAAGAUUUCAGCUAAAGGCGGAGAAGAUGAGUUUCCUGGCGAAUUUGGAACUGAACUUUGCGGAGUGUAUACAAGAUGGAGGAAAAGCCACCCUUGGGGUUAGGCAAAGGGUGGAAAUGGACGCCACACACCGGACGAAACAGAACGAAAUCAUCUCGCAAGCCGUGUGCGCUCUGCUGAAUUCUGGUGGCGGAGUAGUCAAGGUUGAGAUUGAGAACGGAGACUAUAAUUUUGAGAGGGAUGGAGUUGGCCUGAAUCUGCCACCAUUGUUCAGAAACCAUUUAGACGAGAUGCUGCACGGAAAGCUCUUUUUAAUAUAUGUGAGUUCGUGGGACGUGGCAGCCUCGCACGUGCGGCUCGCUACCUUGUGUUCCAAUUUGUACCACAGAUGUGGAACAUUUACCGAGCUCAUGGAGCCUGAAGAAGCCCUGGAAUUCCUCAGAAGGGUCCAGGAUCUUAGGAUUCUUGGUGACCCUGACUUGCUAAAUCUACAGGAAGCUCCUGUUGGUGACGAUCAGAUGAUCUUAGCUUCUGAUUUGUUUCAUAGUCCGCAGCUCCAGUACCUGGAAAAACUCAACUUCACAGAGUCCCCACACGUUGAAUUUCAAAUGUUCUCGGCAGACCUUUCACACGGCAUUAGAGAGAGACUUCCCAAGUGCAUUUCUGCCCUUGCCAAUUCUGAAGGGGGCUAUGUGUUUUUUGGUGUGCAUGAUGAGACCCGUCAAGUCAUUGGAUGUGAAAAGGAAAAAAUAAAUCGUCCCAACUUGAUAUCUACUAUCGAUGCCUGUAUCAGGAAGAUGCCUGUCUACCACUUCUGUGGACAAAACCACAAAGUGCAAUAUGACCUCAAAUUCCUUGAAGUGUAUGAUAAGAAGGCCCUCUAUGGGUAUGUCUGUGCAAUCAAGGUAGAACGAUUCUGCUGUGCAGCCUUUGCCAAAGCGCCCGAUUCCUGGGAGAUAAAGGACAACAAUAAGAAGCCGCUAGCUGCAAAUGACUGGGCCUCUCGGAUGAUAGAAGCCAACCCAGACCUUUCCAGUUUCCCUCAGAUGAUCCCCAGGAAGAGUAUGUUAAACACCACACCCUGCAGCAAGACUGUGUUCACACAUAAAUAUUUGAAAUGUGUGGAAGACCUGCAGAAGGAUUACUUUCCAGUGUCUCCCAACAGGAUUACAUAUACUCCAGAGAGCGUCUACAAGGACCUCUUCUCAGACUACAGAGGACUAAGAAACUUAAUAAAUGCGGAAAUGCGCUGUUUCUCUCAAGGGAUAUUGAUCUUCUCCCACAGCUGGGCUGUGGACCUAGGUCUUAAGAGGAGGCAAGAUGUCAUCUGUGACGCUCUUCUAAUUUCCCCGAACAACGUCCCAAUCCUGUACACCAUUUGCAACAAGGGGGAUCUGGGGAACAGGCACUAUUCCAUGACAGUCGCCCGUACCCUGAAGCAGAAGCUGGUGAACAUGGGUGGCUACUCUGGAAGAUUAGGCAUCAUUCCCUUGGUCUUACCGCUGGGUUCUCACCAAAGAGUAAGGGAUGACUUAGCAGUGCCGGUUUACCCCGAAUCCUACAACUUUACAACCACAGGGCAGGUGGAAGCUCUGUUGCAAUCUCUUGUGAUCAUCUUGCUUGGGUUCAGACCCCUGUUAAACGAAGAGUUAAACUUUGAGUCUGAGACUGUGGCCCUGCUCUCAGACCAACAGUAUGGGUUGCUUUCAAGGAACCUGAGCAAGCACAGAGAGAUGUUUGUUCAUGGCUCCCCUGGGUCAGGGAAGACCACUCUAGCUCUCAUGAUCGCGGAGAAGAUUAGGAAUGUGUUCAACUGUCAAGAUGACGACAUUCUUUACAUCUGUGAGAACCAGUCUUUGAAGAAGUUUGUGAGGAAAAACAUUUGCCAGGUGGUGACACGGAAAACCUUCAUGAAAAAUACCUUUGAUAACGUGCAACAUAUCAUCGUGGACGAAGCUCAGAAUUUCCGAACGGAGGAAGGGAACUGGUAUGCAAAGGCAAAAGCCAUCACUCAGAGAGCAAGAGACGGCCCAGGAGUUCUCUACAUUUUUCUGGAUUACUUUCAGAUCAAUCACUUGUGUUGCAGUGGCCUCCCUGAGCUCCAACACCAGAAGCCAUUAUUGAAGCUCACCAGAAUGCUCCGCAGCGGAGACAACAUAACCAGCUACCUUCAGGAAAUAAUGCAUCAAAUCAGAACAAAUCCUCCCCCAAAUGUCCCCCAAGAGGCCCUGACGGUGGGCGAAGAACUUGAAUGGGGUCAGGAUGUCACAGGCAACUUAGAGAUUACUGAUAACUUGAAUUUGGAGCAGAUGGCAGUCUAUGUAGCAGAGAAAUGCCAGUGUCUUUGGAGGUCUGGCUAUUACCUCACAGAUGUUGCUGUUCUUUUCACUAGAGCCAGAGAUAUAGAAAAAUGUAGAGAAAAGCUUCUGCUAGCAAUGAGGAGGAGGUCCAUGUCUCAGCUCGCCGAGGAGCCCAGUUUACUAGUGCAGGUCAGGGAGGGGUUGGAUAGUCUGGGUAAUCAUGUUGUGUUGGACAGUGUCCAGCGAUUUUCAGGCAUGGAAAGAAGUAUUGUGUUUGGGAUCAUUCCAGUGGGAUUUGAGACAGCCAUUUCCUACAAUGUUCUGCUCUGUCUGGCUUCCAGGGCAAGGACACAUCUGUAUAUUGUAAAGGUUGUGUUUUGAUGGGAAGAUGCCAGUUUUCAGUUAGCUAGGGUUGGCCUCUAGCUGUCUUUGAAGCCCUUUGAUCUAAACAUUUAAGCACCAAAACAUUUCAUGUACAGUCAGCCACACGCAGGGCAAGCAAAUAGGGGAUUCAGACAGUAGGAAGAGACGGCAGAGCAAUUAGCAGGCACUGAGAUUCUCUCUCUCUCUCUCUCUCUCUCUCUCUCUCUCUCUCUCUCUCUCUCUGUGUGUGUGUGUGUGUGUGUCAGGAAGGACUGGUUGUUUUGAGGUAGGGAGGAAAGAGCUAAUCAUGAGAUGACUGCUGAGUUCUGGUGGACUCAGAUAUUUUCUUUGUUUUUUUUUUACACAGCCACCUGCAGAAAUGCUUGAUCUUGGUAUGUGGGGAAAGCAUGAAGGGUGGAGGGGGAGAGUGUGUCCAUCUUUAGCAGGACAUGGUUUGAAAUGUAAGUUCACAAACUGCAAGCUGUAAUUUCAGGGUGAGUCCAGUCCAGUUUAGCUUGUCACGUUAAACCCAUCGUCAUUAUUGUUUCUGAUCUUUGCUUUCUCCAUGACUUGUUCAUUCAGAAUCUCUGCCCUUUGACUCCGCUUUAAUACUAUUCCCGUGGAGACUCAGUUACUACAGUCAAAGUGCCAAAGCGUGGGUUCAGUGGUUUAGAAGGUAGGGGGCCUAAGAGGAAGAACAUGCAGAUUCUAAGCUUGGCAUCACUUCGCACUUAAUUUAGUAACCAUAGUAUGCAAACAUAAGUCAAAUAUCUCUGCUCUCUUGUGUGCUCACCAGUUCAACCAGCCUUUCGAAGGCCGUUGCUGAAAUAAUACUCACUUGUCAUUUACUUUAGGUUUCUCUGAAACUCAAUAUUUAGAGCCAAACACAGUAAACUUUUCUGGGAGACACAAACAAACAAAAAUCCAGAGUUCAUUUCCAGAGAUGAUUUGCAAAAGCAAAUCAUGAAAACUUAAGGAAAAUGAAUAUACAUAGAGUAUGACAUAAAUUGAAUAACUUGGAGAAAAAAUAAAUCACACAUUCUAAUGGGUAGACCUGAACCUACUGUUUAUCAGAGUGUGUGUGGGUAGGGGUCAGUGUGGGUUGUAGUGCUCUGCCUGCAGAGCCACUGUGGAUCCGAACCGGAGCGCGGGAAAUCCUGAAAAAAGGAA